AUGAGCUUGCAAGAAAGCAAAAAAACAAGUCUAGAAUAUCUGCUGCAGUUGGGUGUAAAAGAGGGAAAGGCAAACGAGCUACUGGUGAACAAGAGAGUGCGCUAUGUGCUUGACAGGAUUGUGGAAGCACUCCCAGAGCCAGAGUCUCUGACAAAAGAAGAAAAAAAGCUUACGCUUAAGGUGAUUGAGCUAGCACAGAGUGCUGAGACAGCUGAAAAGUAUGUUUGUCUUAUCAAGUCAUCAGACAUAAAAACAGAAACAGAUAUAAAGAAUGCAGAGAGUGUGCUAAAGAGCAAGAGAGAUCUGUCGGUUGAAGAGCUUAAAAAACAAAUGCAGAGCAAUCUUCCCUCGCUGGAGGAAAUGUCAAAGGUUGCUACAGAGGUCAUGGAAGAGAAUUUAGGCGAGCCCAAGGCAAAAGUGCUCAGAGAGCUGAAGCACCAUCCCAGGCUGCAGUUUGUGGAUCCAAAGAAGAUUUUAGAGCUCAUGGGAAAGCUUGAGAUUUCAAGCGCAUCUCGAACAAAAACAGAAGAGACAGAGAAAGACAGUGCAAAAGGACUGACAGAAGAAACAGUGCAAGAGCUUUUAGAUUUGGCUUUGCUCCCACAGCCUCCCACAAGAACAAUAAACAGAAGGUUCCAGAAGCUGACAGUACCAGAGGAUUUGUACACGAGCAAAAACAGAAAAUGGACAAGAUAUUUAGAGGGAGAGAUGCAGACUAUGCACACACCUUUCACAAACUACCAGAAAACACCAGAAAUCCUCAAAGAGCACAUAAAGAGAACAAAGGGACAGGUGAGAGUUCGUUUUCCGCCCGAGCCCAAUGGCCACCUGCACAUAGGCCAUGCAAAAGCCAUGAGCAUAAACUUUGGAUACAGAGACUUCUACAAAGGCUGGAUAUCUCUGAGAUACGAUGACACAAACCCCAAAGCAGAAAAAACAGAAUACUACGAAAAGAUAAAGGAGAUGGUGGAGUGGAUGGGAUACACGCCUGAUGCAAUCACGCACGCAUCCGACUAUUUCGACAGGCUGUAUGAAUGCGCAAUCGAACUGAUCAAAAGAGGAAAAGCGUACAUCUGCCAUCUUUCAAGAGAAGAGGUAGCUGAAAAAAGAAAAGAGACCAUGACCUCCAGACUCGCAUCUAGUGAAGAGGAAAAGAUUGUCAGCCCCUGGAGAGACAGGCCCAUAGAAGAGAACCUGGAGCACUUCCAAAGAAUGAAAGAUGGAAAGUAUGCAGAAGGAGAAGCUGUCCUCAGAAUGAAAAUGGAUAUGGCAAGCGAUAACCCGCAGCUGUGGGAUCUCAUUGCAUACAGAGUGGUUAAACACCCGCACGUUAGAACGGGAGAUAAGUGGAUAAUCUAUCCGUCCUAUGACUUCACCCACUGUCUCACUGAUUCAUUUGAGGACAUUACGCACUCUUUCUGCACAACUGAAUUUAUCAACUCACGAGAGAGCUACAACUGGCUGUGCGAUGCGCUGGAUCUCUACAGGCCUGUGCAGUGGGAGUACUCAAGGCUCAGCAUAACAGGAGCCCUUUUGAGCAAAAGAUUCAUAACAAAGGCAAUAAAUGACAAAGUAUUCACAGGAUGGGAUGACCCCAGACUCAGCACGCUAGAGGGCCUCAGAAGCAGAGGAGUGCCUGCGCACAGCAUUCGGAGGUUUGUAGAGUCCCUGGGCAUCACCACAGCAGCAAGCGAGAUACCGCAGCACAAUCUCGAGAACAUCAUCAGAGAAGAUCUAUCAGACUCAUCAAAGGCCGUUGCAGUGCUAAGACCUUUGCUAGUAAAAGUGCCAACACAGGAUAUCCUCGUGGAUGAAAAAGAUUUCAGAGAAGAAGAUCCAUCGCCCACCUUCUACAGGAUACAAAAAGGAUCCACAGUCUUCCUGAAAGACUUGGGCCCACUGAAGCUGGUGGAUCAGGGUGCUCGCCGCUUGGAGAAGUCAGAGGAGCCGCACAAUGCAGUGAUACCGUGGCUGAGCACCAGCGCACCAAAAGCAGUUCUUGAAAUAGUGCAGGGCAAAGACUUAGUCCAGUACACAGAAGCGCGCGUAUCAGAGGAGGCAGCUAAGUCUCCUGUGGGUGUCUACUGGCAGUUUAUACGCAUAGGAUUUUUCAUGCGAGUGGAGGACAAGAGCGCUCUUCGCUUUAGAAUGGUAGCGCCUCUUAAGUCUUCGCCUCUGCUAGAAUAA